CGAUCUUCAAUCCGCUCUUACUUCUCACCGCACCCAGCAUCGACGACGUACUCUCGGUGCCGAUGCCCAAUACAAGUAUGGGAGAUACUGGCAAUAGCUCAACCGACAUCGCCGCGUCGAAGUUCGCAGUGCAUGCCCGGAAGACGAUCAAGCUAAUCACUUCCCUCCGGGCUCUGGGAGCGGAAGCAGACUUCGACCUGCCGAGGAUUGCAGUGAUAGGCAACCAGAGUGCCGGAAAGAGCUCUCUGGUCGAAGCUAUCAGCGGAAUAGCUGUCCCUCGCGCCGCCGGUCGGGCUUGUACAAGAUGCCCAAUGGAAUGUCGAUUGACGAACAGUGAUAGGCCGUGGCAAUGUCAGAUUCUGCUACGGCGCGAAGUAGAUGGCAAUGGCCGACAAAUUUAUCCUGUCCAAGAAGAACGCUUUGGCCCGGUUCUUCAUGACAAGGCUGAGCUCGAGGAGAUGAUCCGUCGAGCUCAGCUUGCCAUCCUGAACCCAGGGGUAGCAAAGGGUUCCUUUGAGAUUUUUGAUACGACAUCAUUGAAGCCCGGAGAGAAGCCAGAGAUCUCCCAGGAACAGCUGGAGUUCUCGAGUAACGUUGUGUGUUUAGACCUCCAAGGACCAGAUCUACCCGACCUUUCGUUCAUCGACUUGCCUGGCAUCAUAUCGAUGGUCGGGGAGGACGAAGACGAAAGCAACAUCGAGGCGAUUAAAAAUAUGGUGGAGGAGCACAUUAAGGGCAACACGCUCAUUCUCCUGACAAUUAACAUGCGCGAUGACAUGAGUAACCAAGGUGCCGCUCGCCUGGCGAAGCUUUCUGACGAGAAAGGCGAUAGAACUAUCGGCGUCCUAACCAAAGCUGAUCUAAUCCAGGAUGGAGAGGAAGACGGCUGGCUUACCAUUCUUGAAGGUUCAAGCCACUCGUUGAGGCACGGCUACUUUAUCACGAAGCAUCCAUCACCUAAGGAGCUGGAGGGCGAAAUCUCACACGCCGAAGCUAGACGGCGCGAGGCCAGAUUCUUCGAGACGACUUACCCUUGGAACAAACGGUCGGAUCUACAGUCUCGCAUGGGCACUCCGAAUCUCACGAAAGAGCUCAGCAAUCUCCUAGGGACUCUCAUCAAUCAGGAGCUUCCAAAGUUGCGUAGGGAGGCCAAGGAGUCGCUCGACACCGUCCGAGAGCGGCUGAGCGCCUUACCACCACCACCGUCGGACAAUCCCGCCAGCGAGCUCCUGCGAAUGAUCACGUCUUUUUGCGACAAAGUCCAGUCAUUGAUUCGAGGCGCGGAAUCACACGAGCGGCUGAUACAAAAGUGCCGCCCCGCGUACAAAACGUUCAAGAGGGAUAUCCGGAGAACUGCACCUCAGUUCAAGCCGUACGACAGCUCGCUGCCUCAUGCACGUCGGAACUACGAGUCCUCUAUAGAUAGCGAGUCCGAGCUCGAUGAACAUGAGUCAGAUGCCAUGCCGAUUUCUUUGGCGCGUCAACUACCCUACAACGUCCCGUUCUCUGCAAAAGUCGCCCUGAUUGAGAAGGUAUUUGAGUCCUGGGAGGACCACUGCGACACCUGUUUUACGACUGUCUACGAGGCAACCACGGACGAACUCUAUGAUCUCGUUCAGAGGCAUUUCGGCACUUUUGAAGCGACUCCGUUGCUCGACCACGUCCAUACGAUUGUUGAGGAGGAGAUAGAGAAGGCCAAGUCGAAGACGCUCGAGAGGGUAAGAUGGAUGUUAGACUUGGAGUACCCUCCGUUCACAAGCAACGACCAUUACUUCUCGUCAUAUCGAGACAAGUAUUUGGCACACUACAAGGCCGCACGUAAGCCAAAUCAAACGGAGCAAGACCCCGAGCUGGUGCAGGAGGCGUUGGGGCUGCUAGCGCGGCUUGGGUACCCAGCCUCUGAGGACGUUCUUGCAAGGUUGCAUGGACCAGACGAAUACGACCAAGAGCUCAUUGUUAUGGCGGAAACGUCCGCGUACUUCCAUGUCUGCUACAAGCGCAUUAUUGACAACAUACCUCGAGUCGUGGACCAUGACUUUCUACGCAGCAUCGAACGAGAACUCCAGCCAUCGCUUAUCGCAGGCCUGUCAUUAGGCACCGACCAGGCAACCGAGCGUGCCGGCAUAUACCUCGCGGAAGAUCAGCAGGUGACGGCGGAACGGUUUCAGCUGUUGCAGAAGAGAGACAGACUCGAGAGUGUCCUUAGCGAGCUGUACAGGUUCCAGAUCACUUCAGGUCCUUCUGAAGGCUUUGUACCACUGCUUCUUCCCUCGCACAGUGUGGCGGCACCGAGGAGGUCUGCCUCAAAGCCGUCUAUUACUCGUCCCGCGCGUGCCGUUUUUGCGAAAGAUCGUGCACGGACAUCGAUGCUACUUCCAGCCGGGUCAUCUGUUUCCAGCACAGAGUCGACCAAUCGCACCACUCCGCCACUGCCCCCGGCGACAAUGAACGCUGCUGUCGCUCGACUCCCACCAAUAAGGAGCCCAAACCUUGCUUCUGCUCAGCCUGUUACUCCCGUCGUCCCGUCCGAGUCUCCAACCGUCGCGCCCGCCAGGGAUUCGAGUCUAAUCCAUCCCGAGUCGAUCUUAGACAGGUUAAAAAAAGAGCAGAAAAUAUUGAGGAAAAAAGCCAAAGCGGCUCGCACAGCGACGGAAGUAGUACCAAAAAGCCCAUCUACAGCUGCUGCACGUACGACCCUUCGCGCAGGUGCAAGCGAAUUCACCCCUACCUUGGUCACCGACGCGCCCUCUGCACGAGCCUUUGGACAGGUUCCCGCUAGUCCGUCAUUCACUCCCCAGUUCGCGCACCGUGCAAGCCUCCCCACUCUGACAGAGCCCACUUACGGCCAGUCGACAGAGUAUGGAUGGGAUUAGUCCUUGCCGUGGAAUAUGCGUAGUGCUUGAGAGUCGGCGCUUGCCGUUUGUACUGUCGCCUCAGUAUGUUUAACGUGUACAGCUGGCAGUCCGGCAAUUUACGGACGCUUGAUGGAGUCUAUCACCUAAAUCAUUGGAAUGUAACCAAGCCAAGGGAACUGAUGUAAGCAGGAUACAAGCGUACAUUCAUCUUUGAGCAAUGUUAUACAACAGUACCAGUGUUUACAAAACUAAAUCCUUCCGCGUGUCCAUCCUACAACCCUCUUUUUACCACUAUUAUGCAGUCAGGUGCGGCUUCUUCAUCCUCAAACGUAGGAGACGGUGACGCUCGAUCCCGAGGUCGAGACGGACGUCAGCACGCUGUUGCCCUGCUGGAUAUCGAUGAGGUUUGCGCCCGAGGGGCCGACGGAGCCCGAGCUGGUCCCAGCAGACGCGCCAGAGAAGGUGACGGUGCCAAAGUUGGCGAAGGGGACGAGCGAGCUGCCCUCCUCAAAGUCCUCGACGAUCCACUCCGCGUCCUGCUCGCACAGAGCGCUAGAAGAAGUGAUGUGCUGCGUGACGGUCUUGCCCUUGCUGUUGUUCGUGAUGACGGCCGUGCCCGACGUCGUACUCGACGCGGUGACGGUCAGCGUGACGCUGUCGCCCGCGCUGAAGCUGAUGCCGGAGAAGUCGUAAGCGUAGUCGGGAUACCACUCAUACCAGGCUAGAGGGGACUGAUGCU